GGUGAGUCAGACACUCACUGUGGUGGGGGCAGAGAACACUUGAUGAGCACAGCAGUACCUGCUUUACAUAGAGAGUUGAGGAACCGACAGUCAAAACACAGACCAGAGCAGAAGUAUGAAGUUGAACACAGCUUUGAGUAUUGCAGGAACCAUACUUCUCAACAUAGCAGGUACUCUUUGUCAGUUAGAUGUAUGUGGUCAAGCCCCCCUCAACAACAAGAUUGUUGGAGGACAGGAUGCAACGACAGGGUCUUGGCCGUGGCAAGUCAGUCUUCAAAGCGCCAGUACUGGAGGCCAUUUUUGUGGUGGGAGUCUAAUCAAUAAAGACUGGGUUUUGUCUGCAGCUCACUGCUUCCAGAGCUCACUGGGCACCAUUUACAUCUACCUGGGACGUCAGAGUCAGUCGGGCUCAAACCCUUCUGAAACUUACAGGACAGCAGACAGAGUCAUCAACCAUCCUAACUAUGAUAGUACUAACAAUGACAACGACAUAGCACUGCUCCAGCUCUCUUCUUCUGUGAGUUUCUCCAAUUAUAUUAGGCCAGUCUGUCUGGCAGCUGCUGGUAGCAAAGUUGCUGCAGGUACAGACAGCUGGGUCACUGGCUGGGGAACGCUACAGUCUGGAGGCCAGGUUGCUAAUAUACUGCAGGAGGUGAUGAUACCAAUUGUCAGCAACAGUGACUGUGAUGAUGCUUAUGGAGGGAGCAUCACAAGCAAUAUGAUUUGUGCUGGAUUGUUAAAUCAGGGUGGAAAAGAUGCAUGUCAGGGAGACUCAGGAGGCCCACUGGUUAUUAAGAACAGCUCCCUGUGGAUUCAGCCUGGCAUUGUGAGUUUUGGUAUUGGAUGUGCUGACCCCAGAUAUCCCGGUGUGUACGCCAGAGUCUCUGAGUACCAGGAUUGGAUCAACUCUUACAUGGGCAGCAACCCACCUGGAUUUGUCGAAUUUAACAACAAUGGAUUCAGAAGCUCACCCAACCUCCUUUUAUUUGCCAUUUCUCUCACCUUCUCCAUUAUUCCUUCCAUAUGCUCCCUAUAUCUCUCUUCGUAGAGAUCAUUUGAAUGAGAGUUCUCAGAGCACUUUGAUUAAGAGGACAAUUGUGCUGUGCAAGUUUUCAUAAAUAUGCGAAGAAAGUAGGUGCACAGUUAUAUUGUCGUUUAUUCUUUAUCUUUUUAAAAAAUGUAGUAUUCUUGGAAAGCUACUUUUACUUUUAUUUAUUGCACAUUAAUGAAGUUCAGCAAGCUUUUACCUUCAGAAUGUUUACAUAAUGAGGGUGGAGUUUGUCAUAUUUGGCCUGAAUAUGAGACAAAUUAUAAUGCAUAGAAUAAUUAUUCUCUAAACUAUUGAAUUUUUAUCACUGGUUGUAUUUCUUUGCAAAUGCACUGCAGCCAAUUUUGUAUUAAAGUUUUAUUUUAUUUACAGUA